GUGACAACAAAGAUGGCGUGGCCGUGAGCCGCAUCGUUGUGUGCGUUGACGUGUUCCCUCACCAUGGAUCUCUAUUCCACCUCAUCUAUCCUCUUAUUUUUACAACUCAUCAUAGGCCUAUUCAAUGUCCAUUCCAUAUUCGCUGCUUCCCAUGCCUCGAACGAAUCCGUGGAGAAUCUGGUCAUGCUCAUCUCCUACGAUGGAUUUCGUCACGAUUAUUUCCAAAAAGUGGAGAUCCCACACAUGGAUUUCUUGCGUUCGAAUGGAGUGGUCGUGAAGCGAAUGAAGCCCUGCUUUGUUACCUUCACCUUUCCCAAUCACCACUGCAUGAUCACUGGGUUGUACGCCGAGAGUCAUGGAAUGAUCGCCAACACAAUGCUCAACAGGACCGAGGACGAAAUCGUGGACCUCUGGGAAUCCUCUAUUGAAAAAAGGGAGCGGAUGGCCACCAGAAAUCCCAACAUCAUUCCACUUUGGGUGACAAAUGAGGAACGUGGUCGAGCAAGUGGAGUGAGCAUGUGGCCUGGGGAAGUGUUUCAUUAUGGAGAGAACAAGACAAGAGCUACUUAUUUCAUUGAAUACAACAAAUCAUUGGACUGGCACAAGAGUGUGGAUACAGCACUUUCCUGGUUUAGCCACCGAGAGAACCCUGCCAACUUUGUUAUCCUGUAUGUGGAUGAACCUGAUCAUACAGGUCAUACCUAUGGUCCUGACUCUCCUCAGGUGCUUGAAACCAUCCAAAAAUUGGACAAUCUCACUGGCUACAUGAUUCAGCAGAUGAAGAACUUGGGACUAUUUGAUCGAAUGAACAUGAUUUUUGUCUCUGAUCAUGGGAUGGCAACAGUAAAUGCAUCAAACAUCAUCCCCUUGGAUGAAAUUGCCCCAAAAAAUGAUUACCGCUUUGCAUCUUCAUCUCCUACUCUUCUCAUCUAUCCAAAGCUUGGGAAAGAGAGUGAAGUGUAUGAGAAGUUCCUGAAUGGUUCUUCAAAAUGGAAGUAUCGUGUCAUGAAGAAAGAGGAGAUGCCUGAACGAUGGCAUUACAGAAAUGUAGAAGAGAUGUCACCCUUCUUGAUAAUGGCUCCCAAGGGAUAUGCUUUCUCUGAGUCACUCGACUGGUGGGGAAAAUUGAAGAAAUCAGAGACCAGGGGGAUGCAUGGAUGGGACAAUGAAAUGGAUGACAUGGGUGUCCAGAUGUUUGCCUUUGGACCAGCAUUCAAGAAGGGAUUCCAUCUUGAUGAGACAGUUGAGAAUGUGGAUGUAUAUCCGCUCUUGGCACAUCUUCUCCAUCUCACCCCGCACUCCCACAAUGGAUCCUUCACACGAAUCUCCCGGCUUCUUGAUGGUUUCAAUGAUUCCAGUUCUACAUCAUCCAUUGCUGUGAUCCUCAUACUCCUGGUUGUUAUCCCAUCCAUCAUUGGAAUCAUUGUCAUUGCUGUUAGAUGGUUCCGCAAGCGCCACACAGCUCGUCACUCCCCCCUUGCCACCUCUGCUGGUCCUGGAGAAGAAGAUGACAGAAGGAGGAAUGACCAUGAAGAUGGUGAAGAGAGGGGACAGAUCUAUCGACUUUCAGGCCCUGAUGAAAAUGUUGCCUGAUAAGUUACUGACAAUUGACCAAUCAAACCGUUCCAGCUGACCUGAUCAUUGUGUGUCCUUAUGCUUGUAAUCGUUGUGAUAUUGGAAUCUCUUUGUUAUUUGGGCUGAAUGGAGGGUGUGUUGUUUGCAGUGAAACUUCCCAUUGCCUUGCUCUUGCAUGAGUUUCUUCAUGUCUUGAUGGGCAAUCUUCCUGAAAACAUGACAAUUUUUCCCUGUUCAUGCCAGAAUGUGUUCAUUUAGAUUCAGUCCUCAUUUCUAAUCCUUAUAGUGUAUGUCCCAGACAUUGAUUAUUGUUUUAAUACAGGGAGUCAUCAGCUUCCAUGUGGUGGAACAUUAAUUUCAAAAUUGCAUUAUCAUUUGAAGGAAAGUCUUGAUUAAAAGAAAAGUGUUUACCCAUUGUGUGGGGAACAAAGCCCUACUUUUUGGAGCUUGCCCAUGAAGAUGUGACAUAAUGAGUGCAUCUCCAUACUUUUGGAGGGAGCAAAUGGCAUUUGGAAGAACCAUAAGGCUUUAAAUGUGAUGUGAGCUGAUUCAUUGAACUUUUUGUACUGGUGUCUUGCCUGUGUGGCAGGGGCUGACUGUUGCACUUUCUGCUUUCCAUAUGUAUGUAUGCAUGAGAAAUAAAUUCACUUUCUUCUGAACCAGUCUCAGAGAAAGAGCAA